UUGCCAUGGAGCUGAGAGUGAUUACUCAGGUUGUCCUGCCGAGACAAAGCGGAAUGGAAAUAGUAAUGGGAGAGAGUCGACUGAUAUUCUUCAGUAGACAUGUCCAUGUUGGCUGGAUAGAGAAGCAAAGAAGUUAAGGUUCUUGAGGAACAAAGUCCGGAAGCGAAUAGUGCGCGUGCAAGUCACAGGCAAUUAUGACCGGCAGGGAGGUGGACAACCGCCUGCAGGUUCUUCAGACAUACCGCUUGUUGCAGUACAUCCAUGAGAAUGAUCAGGCACAAAUUGAGAAGAUGGUCAACCUCGGGGUGCAAAACCUCAUUAAUCUCACAGAGCCACAGAAGGGAACCGGGGCGCUUCACAUGGCGGUUGCAGACAACAAUCAUGAUCUCGUACAGUUUCUUCUCUCAUUGAGAGCCCAUCCUGACAUCCAGAAUAAGAGGGGCCACACCCCGGUCAUGUUAGCUGCGGAACUGGGUAAUGAGGACAUCCUGAAAAUGUUGGCAAGCAACGAGGCUAACAUGAGCAUCCAAGAUAAUGAUGGUAAAGGGGUUCUGUUCUACUGCAUCUACCCAACGAAGCGGCACAUCCGUUGCCUGCAGGUGGUGCUAGACUUCCAGGCAGACGUCAACAACGUGUCAUCACAGGGGACUCACGUCUUUCAGCUGAUGUGUCAACGCGCCAAAGAGUGUGCUCCCAUGUGUCACAUGAUGCUGGCUAAAGGGGCCAACCCCAAUGCAGCUGAUCAGCAAACAGGGGUAACAGCGUUGAUGGAGGCAGCCAAGGCUGGUUCCCUGGAGCUUGUCAGAGAUAUUCUAAAAAGAGGAGGGAACCCCAACGCCUUGGAUGAGAAGCGCCUGUCAGCAGUUCACUAUGCCGCCAUGGGAGGCUUUUUUGAGGUGAUUGUGUUGCUGUCAGCAUUCUCAGCAGACAUGAACAUUGUCACUGUGGAGGAGUACACAGCCCUCCACUUCGCAGCUAAAACGGGAGACGUCAACUGCUGCAAGUUUCUGGCUCAGAGAGGCUGCAACGCCAAGCUGAAGAACUCCGAAGGCGUGCUCCCACGCCAGAUUGCUAAAGAAGGGGGUCACAAAGCGGCCAUGAAGGAGUUGAGGAAAGCGGAGCAGCAGAGGGGAAAGGAGAACACUGACGAGAGUUGCUUGACAGAAGUGUGGGCCCUGACCCUCCACGACUGGUCUAACGAAACCGAGGCCGAUCUUCGACAAGCCUUGGAGAGCGAAUCGGUUCACAAAGACACAUUUCUGUCCAUUUUAGAAACAUUAGGUGCCCCGGUCACCCAAGAGCAGUUGGAGAUGGUCUUCUCAUUGCAUCAGACUGGAAGAGAACAAUGUAUCAACAUCAACGAUUUCAUCAAAGGUACCAGCUACAUCAAGAAGCCGUACCUCCUCCUCUCGUACCUUCCCAAGAAGAAAAAAGGUGGGAAAGGCGGGAAGGGGAAGAAAAAGCCAAAAUUUGUCCUCCCGAUGCCUGUUUGUACCCUCCCAUCGGAUCUCAAGCCUCGCCGAUCGGAUGGAGGUCCACCAGAAUACAUGAUCGAAACGUACACCGUGGAAGACGCCCGCUUAAUGGAACAAGAACCUCCACCGCAUCAUCCCAUAGUUAAUGACACGGCAUGGUACACGGAGAAACCGGACAAGAUCUAUGUCAAUAUCAACUACCUGGUGAAGAGCGGAGAUAUCGAGGCUUUGGAAGUCGCCUUUAGUCACAGGAUUCCUGUGGAUAUUCAAGAUCCAUUUUACAAGACCCCACUUAUGGUGGCCUGUGCCACUGGGAACUCCGAGGUAGCAAAGUACCUCCUGGCCAAGAGGGCUUCGGUGGAUAUUUGUGACCAGUUCUGCUGGACGCCGCUCCACCAUGCUGCCCAAGCUGGCCAAGUGGAACUUCUGGACCUUCUAUUGAACGCAGGAGCCAACAUCGACGCUCAAACCAUCACUGGGACCACACCCCUCAUGGUUGCCAUCCAAAGCGCUCAUCUAGAUUGUGUUGAGUACUUCAUCGAAACUGGUGCCAAUCUCCUGGUGGAAAACAAGAAAGAGCAAAACUGCCUCGACGUUGCCAUCGCCUUUGCCGAAGGUGCGAUCUAUCAACUGGUGAAAGAGAAGGUCGAAGCCUUGCCUAAGCCAAAAAACAAAGGAAAGGGUGCCAAACCUAAAAAAGCCAAGGCUGAUGCUGCAGGAGAUGCAGACAGAGCGCCUGCAACGGCAGCAAAGAUUUCCCAGGGAGCGUCAAAGACUGUCAUCCAACACAACACUGAUAUCAUGACCGGGAAGAAUAUCGUUCAGGAUAUCUCGUUUGUUGCUAAAACGGUUUUCGGGAAGCCGCAACCGAGCAGCCGAUUGAAGUCAAAGGUCGAGAGACAGAAGGAGCUCAUGUCUCUACAGUUGGACUUGGACGACUUCAUGAUGAUGCCUUUCACCCAGAAUCAUUAAAAGGAGAAAGAUUGGACUGCUUGGAUUGCUUGGACUGGAUGGAGGUUUGGCCAAGAAAUACAUGAAGUACAUGGUUACUGGAUUUAGACUUACAUUGUAUGAAUUAAUACUAUAAUUUGUAAUAAUACAUUCUAUGAUGCUUUACAGAUAACAGCUACAUUAUCUGGAAUGGUUAGUGGUGUCUUUUUGCCAAUUUUGUAUGGAAAU